AUGCCAGGCCAGAUAAUCAGCAUUCCGUUUUUGUCGCAGAACGAGGACAUGGAUAAAUACUUGUUGGAGUACCGCAGUUUGAAGCUCCUUCAUCAGUCCAGUAAUUCCUUCCAGUCUCACAAUGCGCCCUCCCACCAGUCGAACUACCACCCCCAUUACAAUCACAUGAAAUACAACAACACUGGUAGCUAUUACUAUUACAACAACAACAAUAACAGCAGUGUAAACCCACAUAACCAAGCUGGUCUACAAUCCAUUAACAGAUCUAUUCCAUCGGCCCCGUACGGGGCUUACAACCAGAACAGAGCUAAUGACGUACCAUAUAUGAAUACCCAAAAGAAACACCACAGAUUUAGCGCUAACAAUAAUUUGAACCAGCAAAAAUACAAGCAAUAUCCCCAGUAUACGUCCAAUCCAAUGGUUACUGCACAUCUGAAGCAAACGUACCCUCAACUGUACUACAAUAGCAACGUCAAUGCUCACAACAACAACAACAACAGCAACAACAACAACAACAACAACAACAACAGCAACAACAACAACAAUCUUUACAACCAGACGCAGUUCUCCACGAGGUACUUCAACUCGAACUCCUCUCCCUCGUUGACUUCUUCCACUUCUAACUCAUCCUCUCCAUACAACCAAAGCACCUUCGAAUACAUUUUGCCGUCAACUUCGGCAGCUUCCACAAAUUUAUCGUCGUCAUCAUCAAACAACUCUAUGCACACCAACCCAACCACUGCAACAUCGACAUCCGCCGAUUUAAUCAAUGAUUUACCCGUGGGCCCCACGUCCAGUUCGCUUAUCUCGGAUCUACAUUCUCCACCAACUGUAUCUUUCCUACCAGCAAGCCAAACCCUGCUCAUGUCCUCCACCACAUCUAGCUCUAUUGGCACCAACAUAAACCCACCGCAACAUUCACCAUCCCCAUCGCAAAGGGAGGAUUUUUCGACGGCACCAGUGAACAUGUCUUCGUCCGCAUCACUCUUGAUGAAUGAUUCUUCUUUAGGAUGGGGGUCUAACCACAUGAACGUAUCUUCAUCCUCUCAACCAGCAUCAUCAAGACCCUUUGGCAUUUGGAAUACUGACAUGAGCGUUUGGAGUUGA